AUGUGCGCCUGCAACGACCCGGCUGCGGCACUCCUGAGGCACAAGCCGUGCGCUAGUCCAGUACCGGUCUGGAAAGCCGAGCCUAGCAGAGUGAGCGAGCGCCAACAAGGGACCGAGGUCAACUCUGCAGUGGAUUACUUUCAUCACGACGUCUCAAUUAUAUUUUUACAGGCUGCCCGUUGCGUGUUGCGAGAAACCAAGAUUGGGGUGUGUUCUCAGUUCCGAGGCCAUGGUGACCGAUACCGCUGUCGCUUUCCGGUGACACAACGCAGUGUUCACGAAGUGGAACAGGACACAAGCUCGAGUCACUGCUUCCAUCCCUACACGCGCCUUGGACCAUUGGCGUCCAUUGGUAGACCGUGUCUUACAUCUGCUAUCUUGAAGGUCGGACAAGGGAGACUCGAGGCGCAUCUCACAUCUCGCUGUGUGACAGGCCAGCAAGGCCAGAGCACAGAGCACAAAACGCCCCUGAAAACGGUGGUCUACCCUGCCUUUAGGACGAGGCUUAAUACCAGGCACGCGACACCAAGACGGCACCCACCCCCGACUACACCCGUUGAUCUCGAACUGUUGAAUACUACAGUUAUGGAUCUCUCGAGCAAUGCAUCUCCCCGGAGCGUCCCUACGCCGCAAAGCCCGGCACCCCUAGCCCUGUCCGAGUUUAUGGCUCAAGCAACACCGUGCUCCGAUACCACCAACCCUUCCGACAAACCAGCGUUAUCCCAAGACAUUCCGAGGCCAGUAGGAGCAGUCGUAGAGCCGAAGCAGCCAUCAAUACGAGACGCACCCCGAGCAGAGACCCCGAAACAACAACAACCACCACUAUCCCAAGAAACACAAACCCAGGAUACACGGUCGCCACCAAGCAGAGAGGACACCGCAGCGCCUGUCGACUGGCUUGCGACCCGCCAACAGCUCCUCCCGCGCAGGAACCAAGGCAAAAAGGCCGAUUGGAUCCGCGGCUGGAGCCAAGCAGUAACCAGCUACGGCGAAGAGACCUACUGUGCCUGCUCCGAGGCCAUCGAGACCCACGGCAUCCACCGCGGCCGCAAAGGCAAGACCAGCGCCCAGCUCGCCGACAACGUGCGCGCCAUCCUCCAACGAACCGCAUCCCCCUCGUCCACCAACAAAUCCAAACCCACCACCCCCGCCACCCACGAACCCGAAGUAUGCCGCCUCUGCAGCCGCCCGCCCAGCAGCACCAACGGCGGCAACGGCUCCCACUCCAGCAGCAGCAGCAACAGCAAACUCUACUCCCCCGGGAGCGGGGGAGGCGCCCUCAACCUCACGAGCGGGAAGCGCUUCAUCAGCGAGCUGCUGCUGCGCGUGCGCCGGCCGUCGUCGCGCAGCAAGAGCGCCGCCGCACAUAAGCACGACGCCGAGAUCGGCAACCCCCACGCCUGGUCGCCCGAGGACUGCCAGCCCCCCUGGGCCACCACGGACCAGAAGCGCUUCCUUGCCCGCCCACCGAGCCAGCCGGUUUCUGCGCCGGUGCAUGGGACGGGUGGGGGGGUUGCGACUGGUCCUGGUGCCUCGCCGGUGACGACGGGGGCGGGGGCGGGGGCGCAUAGGCUGUUGAAAUCACCCGCGCAGGCCGAGGCUGGUGGCGUUGCGGGUGGGUAUUUCGUGUGGAAGUCGCGGUCGCGCGGCAAGUUACUGCCUGCUCUGGCCGGGGGUACGAACGGCGCCGGCGUGAUGGGGGGGUCCGGGGCGGGAUUGGGCGGUGCGCAGUCGUUGUCGUCGGAGACGGAUGGGACCAGCGACUCGGAUGUGGACGCGCAGCACAGGCCGCUGGGCUUGUCGCGGAGCUUCUCGCGCCUGCAGAGGGCGGCUGCGCUGCUCCAGCGCGCGACGGCUAGGUCUAAGGACUAG